GUGCCGCAGUGGGCCCGGCGGAGAGCGGCGGAGCCGGCCCCGCACCAGCCCCGCACCCGGCCCCGCCAUGGCCGCGGCGCUGCCCGCAGGGGUCCCGCUGCUGCUGGCGCUGCUGCUGGCGCCCCGCGGCCGGGCGCAGAGCUUCGGGCAGACCCGCUUCGUCUGCACCUCGGUGCCGCUGGACGGGGACGUGUGCGCCGCCACCCCGCCGGGAGCCGGUUCGGCCGAGGAGCUGAAGAGCACGGUGCUGCAGCUGCGGGAGACGGUGCUGCAGCAGAAGGAGACCAUCAUGAACCAGAAGGAGACGAUCCGCGAGCUGACGGCCAAGCUGGGCAGGUGCGAGAGCCAGAGCGUGCUGGACGCGCUGCCCGGAGAGUCCAAGGGCGGCGGGGCCGGCAGGAGGCAGCCCGGCUUCAACAAGAACACCAUGGGGGACCUGUCCCGGGCACCGGCCGCGGAGACCCUGAGCCAGCUGGGACAGACCCUGCAGACCCUCAAGACCCGCCUGGAGAACCUGGAGCAGUUCAGCAGGAUGAACUCCUCCGGCCAGACCACCAACCUGAAGGACAUACUGCAGAAUAAAAUCGACGACCUGGAGAAGCAGGUCCUGUCCCGGGUGAACAGCCUGGAGGAAGGCAAGUUCAACCCCAAGAACGAGUCCGAGGAACGGGGCAAGAUCGAGAGCACCCUCACGUCGCUGCACCAGCGCAUCAGCGACCUGGAGAAAGGCCAGAAGGACAACCGGCCCCCGGACAGGUUCCAGCUCACCUUCCCGCUGCGCACCAACUACAUGUACGCCAAGGUGAAGAAGAGCCUGCCCGAGAUGUACGCCUUCAGCGUCUGCAUGUGGAUCAAAUCCAGCGCCUCCCCCGGCAUGGGCACCCCCUUCUCCUACGCCGUGCCUGGGCAGGCCAACGAGCUGGUGCUCAUCGAGUGGGGCAACAACCCCAUGGAGAUCCUCAUCAAUGACAAGGUGGCCAAGCUGCCCUUUGUCAUCAACGACGGCAAGUGGCACCACAUCUGCGUCACCUGGACCACGCGGGACGGCGUGUGGGAGGCCUACCAGGACGGCACGCAGACGGGCAGCGGCGAGAACCUGGCACCCUACCACCCCAUCAAACCCCAGGGCGUCCUGGUGCUGGGCCAGGAGCAGGACACGCUGGGCGGUGGGUUCGACGCCACGCAGGCCUUCGUGGGGGAGUUGGCCCACUUCAACGUGUGGGACCGUAAGCUGAGCCCCGGCGAGGUGUACGGCCUGGCCACCUGCAGCAGCAAGGCUCUUUCGGGAAACGUCAUCGCCUGGGCCGAGGCCAACAUCGACAUCUACGGCGGGGCCACCAAGUGGACUUUCGAGGCCUGCCGCCAGCUCAACUAGGGCCACGGACAAGCGAGAGAAGCCUCCUCAUUGGGUUCUUUUAUUUAUUUUUGUUUUCCUCCUUUUUUUUUUUCUUUUCGUUUUUUUUUUUUUUUUUUGCGCAAAAACAACUGAGAACGAAGCCACGGGGCUGCCCGCCCCCGGAGCCCCACGACCGUCUGGUUUCUGUCUUGCCAACGUCCUUCAACGCCUGCGUGCCUUGGCCUGGCGCGGCUGCGCCCCGUCCUGCCCCCCUGUCCCCCCCCCCUGGAUCCGGCUCCCCGCUUCGCCCGGCCCCGCUCCAGCCCCGGGCAUCAUCGCCUUAAAGGCUGCGGCGGAGCGGGGCUCCUCUCCCUGCAGCCCCCCGGGGGGGGCAGCACUCCGGAGCCAGUGGAGGACUGCAGCCCCCCCAAUCCGCUUGUGCUCCCCCCCAGGGCCCCUCGCCACCCCUGGAGCUGGGGCUCUGAGGUGGCGAGGACCCCCCCCCCAUUUUCCUUCCAGCCCCGGGAGGGGCAAAACCUGUGCCCCCCCUGGUUGUCACCGCUCCCCCAGCACCACAGCCAUAGCCCCGGGCUGCGGGGCAGGAGCGGGGCCCCCCCAGCCCCCUCGCUCCCCGACCUGCCUCACUCAGGUACGUGCUCCCGGCCGCUGCCUGCAGCCCCCAAGGCCUCCUCCGCGCCGUAGCUGGUGAAAAAAUAGCCUUUACCGUCCCCGGGAAGGUUAGCUACCACUGAGAAGUCUGAAGCCUUUCUGCUUUUGAUAAUACAAUAUAUUGUUUCUCUUACUGUAAAAGGAAGUUUAUUACCAAUAAUAAAAAAAAAAAAGGUAUUUUUAUGAAGAAAAAAAAAAAAGAUUAUAGAAUUAAGCAGUGCUCCCUGAGAAAAAGUACUUUGAGAUUCUGCAGGAAAAAAAAAAAAAAAGAGAUAAAGAAGCGUAUUUUGAAAUAAAUGCAUUUUGUAUGGUUUCCUUUUCUAAACUCCUGGUUUGUACUACAGAUUGCAGAAAUCACCCCGCAGCCCCCCCCGCUGAACCCUCCCCGGGGCAGUGGGGGACGAGGCCGAGAAUUCCCACAGGGCUCCGGAGCCGCCCCGACCACCUCCAGCGACGGCAAAAUCGGCGACGCGGACGGGGCCGAGGCUGACGCUGGUGAGGAGCACAGGGCAGCGACACGCACACCAGAUCGAGUUCCCUUGGUACGAACUGCGGCUCAGGGCAGCGUCUUUUAACUGUGCUCUUUUUAAAAAAAAAAACCAUCUCGAGUUAAUUUGAGUUGCUCUCAAGAACCUGUCCCCGUCAGCAACGCGCCAAGCACAACCUGCUGAGAACGAGACCGCCGAAAGGGUUGAAGCUCGGGUCCCGCUCGCGUCUGAUCUGCCAAAAAAAAGGGUGUGAUACCAACGCAGUGUACAUAGUGUAUAGUAGGGGAGAGAGUAAGUGUAUCUCAAUCUGUCGUUAUUUUGCUAACCAAAGCUGUAAAAUUUCCUAUUACUUGCUAUUGUCUCCUUUGGAUUUUGAAUGGGUUACGAUAUACUACGCAUCCAGUCCGCAUCAGCAGUUCUGACAAUGCACUGUUUCUACUGAUACUCAUGCUUUUUCCAUUUUAUUGCCGAGAUUACAUGAAUUGUUGACUUUAUUUUUACACAAUAAAGAGUGAAGAAAGA